UAAAACUUAAGAAAAGCCCUAAAUUGUACCCUCGCUCCAAAACCCAGCAAAACAUUUCUUUUCCCCCUUGGCAGCUUCUCAACAUUUCUACUCAUCUUCAACCCACGUUGCCAUACCUCCAUCGGCAACGCUCCCUCAACGUUUCUUUCUUCUCUAACCAUCUUCAUCUCCAUCUCGGCUCCAAACGCCCCGCCACGUCACAUUGCCCUGCCUUCUUCGCCUCUGAGAAGGAACGCCAGGGAACUAGAUAAGCAAUAAUCUGCAUAUUUGUACAGUAAAACAGAAGAAUUUUUUCUCAAUUUGAUUUGUAAGGAUUUUGUGGUUUUUAGGGUUUUUUUUUUCUUUCCUUCUCUGCUUUAGGUCAAAUGGAUGAUCUCGAAACUCGAAGAAUUAGAAACAUAUGUAUAUUAGCUCACGUCGACCAUGGCAAGACGACACUUGCCGACCAUCUUAUAGCCGCCUCGGGGGGCGGUUUGAUCCACCCAAAGAUGGCGGGUCGCCUCCGUUUCAUGGAUUAUCUUGAUGAGGAACAAAGGCGGGCGAUUACCAUGAAGAGCUCUUCGAUUGGUUUACGGUACAAGGAAUACUCUAUUAACCUCAUUGAUUCGCCCGGCCAUAUGGAUUUUUGUAGUGAAGUGUCCACUGCUGCUAGAUUGAGUGAUGGGGCAUUGGUUUUAGUUGAUGCUGUGGAGGGUGUGCACAUUCAAACUCAUGCUGUUUUGCGACAGGCUUGGAUUGAGAAGCUUGCGCCGUGUUUGGUUCUUAAUAAGAUUGAUAGGUUGAUAUGUGAGUUGAAGUUGAGUCCUAUGGAAGCGUAUACUCGUUUGUUGAGGAUUGUUCAUGAAGUUAAUGGGAUAAUGAGUGGAUAUAAGUCCGAGAAGUAUUUGUCCGAUGUGGAUUCAAUACUUGCAGGUUCUUCAGGUGAGGUAAAUGAUGAGAAUCUCGAGUUUAUUGAGGACGAUGAGGAAGAUACAUUUCAACCACAGAAAGGGAAUGUGGUUUUUGUAUGUGCUUUAGAUGGGUGGGGUUUUGGCAUUAAUGAGUUUGCUGAGUUUUAUGCUUCAAAGCUUGGGGCCAAUGUAUCUGCAUUGAAGAAGGCCUUGUGGGGUCCACGGUAUUUUAAUCCGAAAACCAAGAUGAUCGUUGGAAAGAAGGCCAUGGCUGGAGGAAGUAAAGCUCGGCCUAUGUUUGUUCAAUUUGUGCUUGAGAGACUUUGGGAAGUUUAUGGGGCUGCUCUAGAAACUGAUGGGAAUAAGGAGGUACUUCAGAAGGUUAACAGUACAUUUAAUUUGACUAUACCAGCUCGAGAACUUUCUAACAAGGAUCCAAAGGUGGUUCUUCAAGCUAUUAUGAGUCGUUGGCUUCCUCUUUCAGAUGCAAUAUUGUCAAUGGUUGUGAACUGUAUGCCUGACCCAAUUGCUGCACAAUCAUUUCGAAUAUCACGGUUGAUUCCGAAGAGGGAUAUAAUUGAUACCGGUGUUGAUACCAAUGUAUUAACUGAAGCAGAUCUUGUCAAGAGAUCAAUUGAAGCUUGUGAUUCGAGGCCUGAAGCUCCAUUUGUUGCUUUUGUGUCCAAGAUGUUUGCAGUUCCAUCUAAAAUUCUUCCACGGAGUCAUGGUGAGACUACUAGUGUUUUCACUGAUGAUGGUGGAGAUGGUGAAUCAGAUGAGUGCUUUCUUGCAUUUGCAAGGGUAUUUAGUGGGUUUCUUUUUUCUGGACAGAGAGUUUUUGUUCUUUCAGCUUUAUAUGACCCAACGAAAGGGGAAUCAAUGCACAAGCACAUUCAGGAGGCUGAAUUGCAUUCGAUUUAUCUAAUGAUGGGCCAAGGCUUGAAACCAGUGACCUCAGUAAAAGCAGGAAACCUUGUAGCAAUUCGUGGUCUUAGCCAUCAUAUAUUGAAAACUGCAACUCUUUCAUCGACAAGAAAUUGCUGGCCUUUCUCAAGUAUGGCAUUCCAGGUUGCUCCUACUCUUAGAGUGGCACUUGAGCCAUCUGAUCCUGGAGAUAUAGGUGCAUUGUUGAAAGGCUUAAGGCUUUUAAAUCGAGCAGACCCUUUUGUAGAGGUAACUGUUUCUGCAAGGGGAGAACAUGUACUUGCUGCAGCAGGAGAAGUUCAUCUCGAGAGAUGCAUAAAGGAUUUGAAGGAUAGGUUUGCCAGGGUAAGCUUGGAAGUCUCUCCACCUCUCGUAUCAUAUAAAGAAACGAUUGAAGGAGAGGCAUCUAGUGUGUUGGAUUAUUUUAAGGUGUUGUCUGAAAGCACAGACUGUGUUACUAAGAAAACCCCAAAUGGUAGAUGUAUUGUCAGAGUGCAGGUAUUGAAACUUCCACCUGCUCUUGCUAAAGUACUUGAUGAAAAUUCUGACGUAUUGGGAGAUAUUGUUGGAGUCAAGUUGGGGCAGAACUAUAAAAACUUGGAAACAAAGAGAUCAAGUCUGAUGGAAAAUGAGAAUCCAACGGAAGUAGUAAAAAAACUAAUAGCAGAUGCAGCAUGUACUGAUCUAUCUUCAAAGGAUGACCAUGAAGGCAGUCGGGUUGACAAACACAAUGCACUGUGGUCAAAGCUUCUCAAGCGAAUUUGGGCACUUGGACCACAGCAGAUUGGUCCUAACAUUCUAAUUAGCCCAGAUCCCAAAGUAAAGGAUCCUGAUGGCUCUGUUCUUAUUCGGGGUUCACCUCAUGUGUCACAGAGAUUGGGUUUUGUGGACGAUUCUUUAAAUGGUAAUUUGGAUCCUAAAACAUCUUUGGAAGGUGAUAUGUCUUCUGCAGCAUCACCGGAAGGAACUCAGACGCAAUGUAUGGAAGCAGCAUCUCUCGAGAACAGUGUUCUAUCUGGAUUUCAGCUUGCUACAUCAGCUGGGCCAUUAUGUGAUGAACCUAUGUGGGGGUUGGCAUUUAUUGUUGAUGUCUCUAUUUCUUCAUUGUCUGGGAAUUCAGAUGAAUCUGAAUCUCCCUUUCAACCAGACAACAAUGCUAUCUUUUCUGGUCAAGUUAUGACAACUGUAAAGGAUGCCUGUAGAGCAGCUGUGCUUCAAAAGAAACCACGGCUUGUUGAAGCCAUGUACUUCUGUGAAUUGAAUACUCCCACUGAGUAUUUGGGUCCAAUGUAUGCUGUACUCGCACGAAGGCGAGCCCGGGUUUUGAAAGAAGAAAUGCAGGAAGGUUCACCUCUGUUUACUGUGCAUGCAUACGUGCCUGUGUCAGAAAGCUUUGGUUUUGCAGAUGAAUUAAGGAGAUGGACUUCUGGAGCAGCGAGUGCUCUUUUAGUGCUUAGCCAUUGGGAAGAACUAUGUGAAGAUCCUUUUUUUAUCCCCAAAACGGAAGAAGAACUAGAAGAGUUUGGAGAUGGUUCUAGCGUGCUUCCCAACACAGCAAGAAAGCUCAUUGAUACUGUAAGACGGCGUAAGGGUCUUCCAGUGGAAGAAAAAGUUGUACAACAUGCAACAAAGCAGAGAACUUUGGCUCGGAAAGUAUAAAGAUAUUACUUGAUUGUUUGUAUAUGUACUACUAUAAGCCAUAAGGCAAUACAUCUUUAGAUCCUUGUUCAAACCUGUUAUUUCCCUCCUUUUUCUUUUCCUUUUGGGUGCCUGGAGGGUGGUGGUGGACAUGGUAGAUAAUACUUGUUGAUCGUAAAAUUAUUGUUUGUCGAACACUUUUAACUUCCAAUUCUUUUUCAUUUAUAAAGUCUUGAUCAGUUUUGGGACA